AUGAAUCCUAUUAGGAAACUGACAAAAACUGAAGCUGUCGGUGAGUGUUUUUUUAAAGACGUUUUCUGUUACACCAUCAGUAUUGUAGUAUUCCUCGUCAUCAGUAACACGUUGUUCUUCUCGGUGCCCAUUUUCUUCAUCAUUUUGGGAAUCUGUAAGUGGAACCGAUGCUCGGCCAAAGAGAUCCUUCCGAUCGGAAUGAUCGUCACCGGUUUCGUGAUCAUCAUCGAUCGGAUAUUGUUCUGGAGACGGAUUUGGAAUGAGACAAAGUACGAGAAAGUGUUUCCGAGACCGGAAGUCGGAAGUAUGAACCAGCUGACGACGUGGGAGGAGAAGCGGAAGCAGAGCAGUUCCAACAAACUCUGGUACCUCAUGGCCUACUUCAAAAUCAUGGUUUUUGUCUCGUAAGUUUCACGGUGCCCUAAGAUCUGGUCCCUCAAGUGCGUGUGUGUGUUCUCAGAGCGCUUCUCGGCGCCAUCUGGACGUACGGUUUCAUUUUCAAAGCCAAAAACCGCGAUCAGUGCGACGCCCUCCUUUUCGUCUCCACUUUUUCGUUUUCCGUCUUCACCAUGCUCAUAUUUCUCGUCGGUUACAUCGGAAUUCCGGACUUUACAUUCACACCGCCCGGCGACAAACUCGAUCAGAUCGCCGUCGCCGCACUGGAUUCUGUUUCGUGA